UCGUGAGUGAGGAUGUCCACGACAAAGAAGUGCUCAUAUAAUCCAGACUGGACGAACCCAAAUGUUUCUGGACAUAUAAGUUGGAUCCAACCCGUGAAAGGUGAUCCUCACAGCACGCAAUGUACAGUCUGCCGGAAGAGCUUUUCUCUGAGCAACAUGGGGAAGACGGCGGUUUCGAGCCACGCUUCGAGCAAGAAGCACCUUGGUGCUAUGAAGUUGCUUCCAAACUCAACCCAAGCAUGUCUCCCGUCGUUCUUCACAAGACCAGCGAACGUUUCGGCCGCUACUACUAGCGGCGCCGCGUGUGCUUCCGUGAAACAAGCAGCUACCGCGCCACCUCCGAACGUUUCGGCCGCUACUACUAGCGGCGCCGCGUGUGCUUCCGUGAAACAAGCAGCUACCGCGCCACCUCCGAACGUUUCGGCCGCUACUACUAGCGACGCCGCGUGUGCUUCCGUGAAACAAGCAGCUACCGCACCACCUCCGAACGUGUCGGUGGGUGGUUUUCUUUUUAAGACGAAUGUGACAAAGGCAGAGAUCAUUUGGUGCAUGAACUCGAUAAUGAUUCAUGGAUCAUUUCGCUCUACAGCGGCAUCUGCCGCGCUUUUCCCAUUGAUGUUCCCGGGGUGUGAAGUUGCUUCAAAAAUGCAGCUAGGGAAAGACAAGGUGGGGUACACCAUUUGCCACGGAAUUGCUCCCUACUUUCCAAGGCAGCUGCUCUCAAGCCUCAGCAGUGUGCCGUAUGCGGUUGUUGCGCUUGACGAGUGCUUGAACAAGGUCGCCCAAAAGCAACAGAUGGACGUACUAGUCAGGUACUGGGAUGGCUGUGUGAAAACUCGGUACCAAACUUCGUGUUUCCUGGGGCACUCAUGUGCAGAAGACCUGGCUUCUGCUCUCCGCAGCGCUACUCAAGAAAUGAGCCAAACAAAGAUUUUGCAAGUUUCGAAUGAUGGGUUCAAUGUCAAUUUGAAGUUGCUUAGGUCUCUGAAAGAAGAACUAAGAUCAUCAGAUGACAGUCACCAGAUCCUAGAUAUUGGAAGUUGCGGGCUUCAUGUUAUAAAUGGUGCUUACAAAGCAGGUCACACCGCAACUCGCUGGGACUUGGUAACUUUCCUUCGCAGCUGUUAAAACCU